UAUCAGAGAACUAGCAUCAAGUGCAAUGAGUAACCACAGCAAUGUCAGGGAAUUUGUGCUUCUGGGAUUUUCUGAUCUCCAUGAGUUCCAGACCCUUCUGUUUGGUUUCAUCCUGUCUAUAUACAUGUUGACUCUGCUGGGGAACCUGGCUAUCAUUGUCUUCACUUGCGUUGACUCCCACCUCCGCUCUCCCAUGUACUUCCUCCUCUGUAACUUCUCCAUCACAGAGAUGCUAGUCACCUCCACUGUGGUUCCUAGGAUGCUGGCAGACCUGCUGUCUACUCACAGGACCAUGUCCCUGGCCCAGUUCCUGACCCAGUCUUUCUUUUACUUCUCUCUGGGCUCCACCACCUUCCUGAUCACAGUCAUGGCCUUUGAUCGCUAUGUGGCCAUCUGUUGCCCUCUGCACUACCCAACUAUCAUGAGUAGCCCAGCUUGUGUGAAGCUUGUGGUGGCCUUCUGGGUGGUUGGAUUCCUCUCCAUUGUCUCACCUACUCUGCAGAAAAUACAGCUCUGGUUCUGUGGCCCUAAGGUUAUUGAUUACUACUUCUCUGACUCUGCCCCACUUCUCAAACUGUCCUGCUCUGACACCCAUCAUGUUGAGUGCAUGGACUUCUUCCUGUCAUUGCUCUUUGUGCUGACCACCAUGCUGCUUAUUGUGGUAUCCUACAUCCUCAUUGUGGCUUCUGUGCUCCGUAUUCCUUCUUCCUCUGGGCACCAGAAAGCCUUCUCCACCUGCGCCUCCUACCUCACAGUGGUGGUUCUAGAUGGCAGUGCUAUCUUCAUCUAUGUGAGGCCAGGCAAGGGCCAUUCCACACACUUUAACAAGAUGGUGGCUUUGAUGACUAUAGUGGUAACCCCUUUCCUCAACCCUUUCAUCUUCAUCUUCUGGAAUGAGAAGGUCAAGAAAGUCAUUGGAGCCAUGACCAAAAGGAUCCUCCUCAAAGACUCAGCAGUUGACAGAUGAAGGGGCUGAAGAGCACCUGUAGGAUCAUUAGGAGUAAGGCCCCUCACUGCCACUGGGUAUCUGAUACCCGGGCUGGGGCUCUUCCAUCUCCUCCUUCUUGACCUUUCCUAUUUCCUUAUCCUCAUGUAAGUUUCUGCUCUUGCGCUACAAAGGGCUACUGAACAUUAUGUAAUUAUUUAAAUGUAUCAGAGUCUGUGAGCCUGACAGUUAAGGAAUGGAGGAUUUCAAGCUACCAUGGAGUAGAUAAUGUUUAGACAUCAAUUAAAUGGGAUAACCCAAAUAAAGCUCUUAUAA